AAUCGAACCAAAAUACUCGCUGACGAUAAAGAAGCACACGCACACACGCCUACGCAAAUAACGGAAAUUGUGAUUGGUGCUUAUCUUAUAGCUAAUAAUGUUUUAUUUGCUUAUGCUACUAAGAUAUGUAUGAUGCUGUUGUCCACCCGCUGAGCCGGAGGGAGUGUCUCCAGAAAUUUCUAUCAUGAUUACCCACGGCAGGGUUGAAGAACUAUAGUCAAUCCAUUGCAUCCAAUGUGUCCUUUUUGGUAUAAUGAUGCAGUACUCAAAUUGGCUUAUUGGUGUAAAAAACAGAGCACACAUUCGCCAAACAUGUCAGACGCCUGACAUUGAAUGGAGAAGCAGGAGUUCCGUGAACAACAAUCAUCCACAGCAGCGAAAAAUAUCUUCGGUUUCUCUCAGCAACCAUCUUUGGAAAAAUGAUUACAAAUUAAUUAAGAAAAUUGGAGAGGGAACGUUUUCCGAGGUGUUGAAAACACAAAGCCUGAGAGAUGGGAGGUUCUAUGCCUGUAAAUCGAUGAAGCAGACUAUAAACAGUCUUGAACAGGCCAACAACUUGCGUGAAGUCCAGGCAAUGAAGCGACUAUGUCCUCACCCAAACAUCAUUCAGCUUCAUGAACUCAUAUUUGACAAAGAGACGGGAUCACUGUCCCUGAUCUGUGAGCUCAUGGAGAUGAACAUCUAUGAGUUUAUACGAGGGCGACAGCAUCCUUUGCCAGAAAGUAAAAUCAAGCACUACAUGUAUCAACUCUGCAAGUCACUGGAUCACAUGCACAGCUGUGGGAUCUUCCACCGAGAUGUGAAACCAGAAAACAUCCUGAUCAAACAAGACGUGCUGAAGCUGGGGGACUUUGGCUCCUGCAGGAGUGUGUACUCCAAGCCACCACACACAGAGUACAUCUCCACACGCUGGUACCGCGCCCCGGAGUGCCUCCUGACCGACGGACACUACUCCCUCAAAAUGGACAUGUGGAGUGUUGGCUGUGUCUUUUAUGAGAUCAUCAGUCUCAAACCCUUGUUUCCAGGAACUAAUGAGCUGGACCAGGUAGCAAAGAUCCACGAAGUUCUAGGAACACCUGACUCCAGCCUUCUGCAGAAGUUCAAGCAGUCCAGGGCGAUGCGGUUUGACUUCCCCUCCCAGAAGGGCAGUGGGAUCUCCCAGUUGAUUCCUAACUGCCCCGCCCCUGGAAUGUCCUUGCUUUACCAGAUGUUGGCCUAUGACCCUGAGGAACGCAUCAGUGCCCGUGCCACCCUGCAGCACGUCUACUUUAGGGACCUUCGGCUGGCAGAGAGGAGAGCUGACGGUCUUCGAAGGGCCAUAGGGACUGUAGAGGGAGGGGAGAGCAGUGGGACCCCCAACUCUGUAGACAAACUGUGGCGCAUGGCCAGACAGGGCAGGAGGCAGCACAACAUUAAGCAUGUGGCUGAGCCUCUCCUGAGACGCAAUGCCCCACACUACAGGAUGGAGCUGCCCAAGCUCAGCGUGGUGGUGCCAGCCCCGCAGAUAUCCUUUCCUGUCUCCACCAUGCCCGCGCUGGGCAUCUCUCACCGAGGCUCCCUCCCUGCCAUCACCUCCAAGAAGUGCCACUCGCGGCUGGCUAAGCCCAGGGAGGAGUCCCACCGCUCGGCCUUCAAGGCCUACUACAUGCCGCCCCUGGAGAGGAAACGCGGAGGCUUCUAAACAGCCUUACCCCCAACAGUCUGCGGGAGAAAAAGACCAGACUGAACUGUUCUUUCUGUAAAUAUGAAUAAAUCUGCUUGUUUGAGAUGUUGAGGAUAACAUGAUUUAACCAAGCCAAGCCUGCCACCUUGUGGAAAGCAGGGCCGACCUUGUGUCCAAGUAGCAAUAGCUACUGGGGAUGUUCAUUUGAAGUGCAAAUGAAAUAUAAUGUGCUUUUCAAAGUAUAUUGGACUCUGUCUUAAGUGUUGGCUCUAUGAGAUCUCUCAGUCUGUGAGACUGUUGUCUGUUGCCAGAUAUUAUCAAGCCUGAUCCCAAUGCUUCAUAGGUAAAUACAAACAUGCUUCACACAGUAGUGGUUUUCACCCUUCAGAUGAACAUAGCAUUCUUGUUACUGGGCUCACAUUUCUACACUACCCUCAGCCUCAAGCUCAUGAAUGAACCUUUUUUUAAUUGAAAGGAAUAAUUGAAAAGGCUUCAUUUGUAUGUGACGAACAAGUCUAUAAUGUCUUCUCUGUAAUAUUACUGUUGAAGUAUAUGUGAAUUAAUGUUUAGGUCCUUGUUCAGCACUUUAGUAUCAAAGACAAUUUCACAGCUGGGCAUUUUUUUAACAAGAGGAUGGAACAACAGAAACCAAUGUAUUCAAGAUUAUUUUAAUAUUAUUAAUAUGUAUAUUUUCUGCCUUAGAAAUAUAACUAUUUCCUUAAAUGAUGACAAAACAUCCACUAGAGUAAUGAUCGGUUGUUUUUGCCCCAUCAAAUCACUGAAUUACAAUAUUAUACAUAUGAUACAGAGCAGAUUUUAAUCUGAAAUAAUAUUAAAAUAAAUGCUCAAUAGAUACAAAUGUUUUAAUAACAUCACCAUCACUCAACCUAGUAGUUGUCUGUGAGUUCUUGCACACCCAAAAUGUAAAGCCAUCUUCUUCUAAUAAACUAAUUUUAAGUGCAAACAAUUUUUUCUUUUAAGAGACUAUGAUUGCAGCAUUCAGCUUUACAGAUUCAGGUUUCAAGACCAAGGAUGUCAAAGCUGAGUGCAUCAAGGCAGCCCUCUCAUCUCUGCUUUUCUCUCUCCUUUAGAGCAGUUACAAAACAUUAACAAAGUAACAAAAUCAGUGCAAAGUUCUCACUGGGGAGAUUCUAGUCAGGAGAAACAAGACUGCGAUUUGUUUAGAUGCAAGCAAAUCCAUUGAUGCUUACAUGUUUGGCCUUAAAGGGACAGUUCACCCAGAUUAUGUUUCAGCCUGUAUUUCCUGGCCUAUUGCGUACUUCCAAUGUAAAGGAGGUCAAUGUUGUGACAUUUGGGUGGACUGUACCUUUAUAUUCAAGACACAUGACUGGUUUGCAUCAAAAUAAACAGAGCUCGAAUUACAGAAACAAAACAACCAAACAGUCGAGGGAGACAUGAAAGCAAAAGGGAAAA